AUUAAUUAAUAAAUGAGGUGAGGUGGGCGAUAACUGGGAUUUCAUCUCCUCCUUAAUAUCUGUCACUCAACAAAUUGGUUCUGCAGUUACAAGUGUGCUUCAAGUCUGACGGAAAAGACUGUUGUAGAAGAAAGGCACAUACCCUUCUCCAUUUCCUUCACCCAAAGGCAAAGCAUAACCACCCCCACCCCCACCCCGCAUGUUCAUUUCCCGAUUUUGAUCGUCUCAGCGAUGAAGAACAUCGCGAUUUGUUACGGUGAAAACGCGAUUAAGAUAUCGGAUUCGUAUUGCUCCGGCCCCUCAACUCACGCUUACACUACUUCCUCCCACUUGACCCCCUCGAUUCAAAAUGCAGUUACGUGCGUCUACAGAGUCAAACUCUCGACGGAGAAGACGCAGUUUCUGAUCAGACUCACUUGGAGCAAUCUAUUAAACCAGGGCUUCGCUAUUAGCAUCCGCGACUACUCUUUUCCUUCUUCAAAUUUCAGCACAAGUUCACGAGUACUACGCAAGGACAAGGGCACGACAGCCUUCCAAUCCGGAGGUUUCAGGGUCGAGGUCUUUUGGGAUCUCUCCCGGGCCAAGUACGAAUCCGGACCCGAACCCGUCACCGGGUUUUACGUUGUCGUUGUGGUCAACUCUCAGCUAAGCCUGAUUCUUGGAGAUAUCGAGCAAGAAUUGGAGGUCAAGAAGCGGGUUUCUGAUAAACGAGUAUCUGAAUUUUCAUUAAUUUCUCGGAGUGAGAACUUAUCUGGUAAAACUGUGUACUCAACCAGGGCUCAAUUCUGUGAAACGGGAACUUGCCACGAUAUUUUGAUCAAGUGUUCAGGAGAAGACGGGACUGUGGCGUCGAUGAAGAACCCCGUUUUAUCUGUGUAUAUGGAUAAGAAGAAUGUGAUUGAGGUGAAGAGACUGCAGUGGAAUUUCAGGGGGAAUCAGACUAUUUUCUUGGAUGGAUUGUUGGUGGAUAUGAUGUGGGAUGUGCAUGAUUGGUUCUUUAGUCCGUCAACAGGGUGUGCUGUUUUCAUGUUCAGGACAAGGAGUGGUUUGGACAGCAGGUUGUGGUUGGAAGAGAGGAGUUUAGAGCAGAAUCAACAGGAAAAGGUUGGCUUCUCUUUGCUCAUUUCUGCCUGUAAAAAUCCAGAUUGACUCUUUCUUUUUUCGUUUUACAGGUCUGAGUUUGAUUUCUGAUUUCACUCUUCUUUGAGUUUGUUUUCUUUAUUUGGUAUCCUGACAAAGAAAGAGUAGAAUGAUUGGUGUACAAUACUGUAUUGCCUGAAGAUGCAAACAUGUUCUUCCCAGGUUGUAGGAAAAAGGGAUGAUGUGGUCUGUAAAUAUACCAAUAUACAUCAAACACUUUUCAGUUUAUCAAGUCCUUAUGAAGAAGAUAGGUUGUUUGAGUUCUCUUUUCCCCAUAUUUUCUGCGACCAAGUUGACUGGGUGCGUUUUUCUGUUGUAUGGCCUUUAAUUAUGAGGAAAUGAAUUGGGCAGAGGCCAGAGGGGGAUUAAUACAGGAACUAAUGGCGCCAGUUACUUGGAAACUGUUGUCAUGUUUACGGCUCAUCUUCUUCCCUCCAAAUAGAUUGUGCAAAAUAUAGGAAAAGGCUGCCUUUGGGUUGAUUUUUGUUUCUUUGACAUCUAAUUUCUGGUCACAUUUAAGAUUUUCC